AACGAAGAGAUAGGAAUGGGUCUUUACCUUCUUUUCUUUAAAAAAAAAAAGGGGGACGCACCGAGUGAGUUCAUGUUGCAUUGGUGAAUUAUUUUAAGUUAUUCAGUCGUCUCAACAUGAAGGUUCUGGUUCUCGCUUGCCUCCUCUCCUGCGCCACAGGCCAGUCCGUGUUCCCGCGCCUGCCAACAUCCGUUCUGCUGAAGGGAGAUCAGUUGUUAGUGACCGGCGGGAAAAUAGUCGGCGGGACGGAAGCGGUUCCCAAUGAAUUCCCUUGGCAAAUAUCUCUACAGAGACGCUCGGCAACGGGCUGGUCACAUAGUUGCGGAGGAUCGGUCUAUAAUCAAAAUUACAUCAUCGAUGCAGCUCAUUGCGUUGACAGGACUGUUGCAAGCUCAUUGCGAAUAGUGGCUGGCGAACAUAGUUUGUCGAAGACUUCCGGCCUUGAACAGUACCGAAACGUGUUAUCCAUACGGGUACAUGAAAACUACGAUUCAAAAACAUUCGCAAACGAUAUUGCCCUUCUCAAGAUGGAUAAUUCACUCGACCUUUCUACUGCCAAAGUCCGUCAGAUCAGCCUACCGACUGCAGGGUCCAUUCUCAAUGCCGGAACCACUUGCAUCGUCUCCGGAUGGGGUACCACUUAUGCUGGUGGCACAGUAUCGGACGUGUUACGCAAAGUCGCCGUACCCGUCGUUUCCAAUAAUGAUUGCGAUUCAAUGUAUGGGGCUGGUUCCAUCUUACCUUCGAUGAUGUGCGCUGGUUUCGUCGCUGGUGGAGCCGAUUCUUGCCAAGGGGAUUCAGGUGGCCCGCUCGUCAUGUUAAAUCCCAGUGUCCUGGUGGGCGUUGUUUCUUGGGGGAAUGGAUGCGCUUAUCCUGGAUAUCCGGGUGUGUACACCAGAGUUUCGUCAUUCGUUAACUGGAUUGAGAGAAACGCUGUGUAAGCGUUUAGCAUGUGAACAAAGUCCUUGGUCGAUAACGCAAGUCUUACAAAACAGACAGUUAAAUUUUUAAUUUUU